ACUUUGCCGGCUGCCUAAAAAAACACAUUGCAAGCUUCUUUAUACAUACACACAAUUGUGCGGAGACAUUUUUCUGCCUCUCUCUACACCUACAAAACUCUCUGGUCACAAACAGGAAGCUCAGUCUAUUAACACUGAGUGUCAAAUCAUUCUGGAUCCAUUGCUAGAGAAAACAAAAACAAUGAGCAUCAAACAUAAUCUUACAGUUUUACUUCUCUGUGGCUUUGCUCUGCUAAGUGUUUCUACAAAGACGUGUGAAAAGAACCUACUUGAGGGAGAUUCCUGCAUUCUUAAACUGCCAAAUGAAACUGGUCGAAAGAUUGAUGCCAACAAAGACGAGAUAAAAUGGUCCUUUACCUCUAGUAGUUCAUCGUUUGUAGUUCAGCGGAAGAAUGGGAAAAAUGGGAAAACAUUUCCUGAUGCAACAAUUGAAUCAGAUGGAUCAUUAAAGCUUCAUAAUGUUAAAGCGAGCAACACUGGCAAAUAUACAUUUGAAGCUUAUGAUAAUAAAGACGAAAUGGUUGCAAAUCAUAAAGAGGAAAUUACAGUUUACGCAAAGGCACUUAAACCCAAUGUGUGGUUCAUACGCUGCAAUGGAAAUGCUACGCUGACCUGUGAGACUCAGAUGAAAGACAGGAGAGAUCUAACUAUAACCUGGUUUAAAGGAACAGAACCCAUACAGAGUGAAAAUAAAGCAAACAUAAUCCUGACAUCAACACAAUUACAAGAGAACAAACUGUAUUCAUGUCGCGUACACAAUCCAGUUAGCGAGGCACAAAGUGACAUCAUAGAAGUAACAUGUACAGGAGAAACUGUUCGUAUUGAAACAAAUGGUGGAUUUCCAGAUAACUGGUUAAUGGCGCACGCUGUAGCGGUUGGAGGAGCUUUACUUCUGCUGCUGUUAUUGUGAUCUGUGUGUGGAGGAACAGCACGGUUACCUUGCCUUAACUGUACAGGUGCUCACAUGUGCUACGGAUACAGUAUGUGAUGUCUUUCCAAACCAGCUUACACUGGACUGUCUGCGUUGGAUGUUGAAUGAGUCGUGGCUUUUCAAAAAAUCUUAUAUACUGUGUUAUCCUAGUUGUAAAUUUCAUCUUUGUUACGAUAUAUAUACAUUGUGCUAAUUUGUUUGGACUAAAACAAGAUUUUGGUCUUGUGUGAAAUCAUGCAAAGAAAACAUAUUGUCAAAAAAAUAAAACCUAUAAAAAUCUACAGUAUGUAUGCAAAGAAUC